AUGGUGUUCUCAUCACCCUACCCAUCUCUUGAUAUUCCUCAGAGCAAUGUUCUUUCUUAUCUGUUCCCCCGAGGCGAGGCUGUCUACGACGAGCCCUUGUGGAUCGACAGCAGGAACCCUCAGCACAACCUGUCUCCAAAGGACUUACUACGAUGGGUGAAAAGAUUGUCACUGGGGCUGGAUAGACUUGAAUUGGAAAGGGGUGAUGUCGUUAUGAUAUACACCCCAAACCACAUAUUCGUGCCAGUGGCGUAUCUUGGUAUAGUUGGGGCCGGUUACGUCUUCAGUGGGGCCAAUCCGGCCUAUACCGUCUCUGAACUUGUGCACCAGAUCCAAAACACGGCCACGAAGGCGCUCCUGGUGCACCCGAACCACGUCAAAACGGCGGUAGCAGCGGCAGCCAAGGCCGACUUCCCACGAGACCGUAUCUUUCAAUUUUCGGAUAUUCCAAACGAAGUUUUAGGCGACAUUCCAGACUGGCGUACCUUUAUUGGCACAGAGGCCGAGGGCGAGUCUUACCAAUGGCCGGAAUUAAGGCCAGAGGAGUCAAAGUCCACAGUUGCCACAAUAAAUUACAGCUCAGGAACCACGGGCCUGCCGAAGGGAGUCUGUGUCUCUCAUGCGAACCUGAUUGCCAAUGUUGAGCAGACUGUCUACAUGAGGUACGCGCACAAGCCCUAUCCUUUUGGGUCUAGGCCUCAAGAGAGAUGGAUCGGAUUUUUACCACUGUACCAUGCGUACGGCCAACUGUACACCAUGCUCAUGUCGGUCAAGCUUCGAGUUCCUAUUUAUAUCAUGACAGAGUUCAGGUAUGAGGAGUUUCUGUUCAACAUAGGCCGGUACCGCAUCACUAGUUUGCAGGUGGCACCGCCUAUAUUGGUAAUGCUGUCAAAGCGACCUGAGACUGCACGGUAUGAUCUUUCAAGUCUAAAAGACUGCAUAUGCGGUGCAGCACCAUUGUCCAAGGAACUGCAGAAUGAGUGCCAGCGGCGCUUCAAGAUUCAGAUCAACCAAGGCUGGGGCAUGACCGAAGUAACUUGCGGUGCGCUACAUGUACCUGGCGGGAUUAUGGACGAUAAUGGAAGCGUUGGUCGCCUUGAUCCAAACUGCGAGGCCAGGCUGGUGGACGAUAAUGGGAAGGAUGUUGAUUCAGGACAGCCGGGCGAGUUGCUCGUCAGGGGGCCGAAUAUUAUGAUGCGCUAUUGGAGAAAUGAAGCUGCGACGAAGGAAUCUCUCGAUGAAGACGGAUGGCUGAAGACAGGCGACGUCGCUGUCUGUAACGAUGAAGGAUUUUUCUGGAUUGUAGACAGGAAAAAGGAGCUUAUUAAAGUGAACGCAUUGCAAGUUGCACCCGCAGAACUCGAAGGCAUUCUCCUCGAGAAUGAGCACAUCGCCGAUGCCGCAGCAGUUGGAAUCACCCUAAACGGAGAAGAGUUUCCUCGGGCUUACGUCGUGAUCCAUGAGGCAUCGAAAGGUAGAGUCACCCCCAAAGAUGUGCAGGAGUGGAUCAAGCUCCGGGUAGCAAAGCACAAAUUCCUUACCGGAGGGGUUGUCUUCGUGGACGAGGUACCGAAACUAGCUAGUGGAAAGAUUCAGAGGAAGACGAUGCGUGACUGGGCAAAGAGGGAUGCGACAGAGGCGCAGAAAACAUUCAGGCCUAGUUUAUAA